AGGAAAAUGUCAGAUAAAGCAUGGCUUCCCUUCAUGGCAUUGCAAUGAAUGAUAUGGAAAGAGCUGAAAUAAUUUGAGACUUAAUUUAAAAAGCAUUGCUUCUUUUUGAGUCACCUCUUGAGAAUUCUUUGAGGUGUAUUGAUUCAUAAAAUGGAAUGGCUCAUAAGCGGUGACACCAGUUGAUACAACCUUCUAAAAGUCCAGGCUUAUGUUAUCAAAUUUACAUUAAAAAAAAAAAAAAAAUCAGUCACAUUAUAGUGCAACUGAGGUUAUCACAUGCUAAUGUAGUUUUUUUGUAUCCUGUUUUUGUAUAAACUAUUUGUGCUCUCACAUCCUCUGAGUAUGUUUUAUAACUGAUUGCUUUUUUCCUAAGGUGAAAUAAAAUUAAUUUUCUUAAAUAAAAAUACCUCUUGUCUUCAUAUGUAUGUGUUCAAGUACAUGAGCAGUGGCUCUUAAAAUGGUCUUUGCUUUUUGCCUUGAAGUUCGACAAACAUCAUCUCUCAGUAAGUAAAACAAAGGCCAUUUGUAGAGGAAGAGUUGGCUUUGACUCUCUUUUAAAACCUGGCACAUGGCCCCUCUUGUUUCUGUAACGUGGAAAUAGGCUUCACGCUCUCUUUUUUCCUGUGACAAGAACCUGGACUCAUGUCCUGUUUUCUUUAGCACCUUGUUGAACUCCAGCAGCUUAAUCUGAAGAAGGAAGGAAGAGCAUAGCUCUCCAGUGUUAGAUUGUCUCCAAAAUAUGGCAUGCAACGUUAGCAGGCCCAUUCUUCAUACUUCAGCGCAAAUAGAGGCAGAAUUUUGACUGCUUCUCUGUGAUGAGCUGUCACAGACUUGCUGUCAGUCCAUCACCCAAUCUUGCAGUGCAUUCCUCCUGUCCUGAAGUUGUCUCAUCUUAUUAGAUGUUAGAUGUUUUCUUGCUGAAUACGUGCAGAGUACUUUGGUUUCAAAUGCUGUUGAGAGAUAGUGAGGAGGUAUUCUUAGCUUUAAGUCAUUGUAUUUUCAAAAAAGAAAGUUGUAUCAAUGUUUAAUGUAUAUGUUGCUCUUGAAAUACUUAGGGAAAAGAGAAGAUCCUGGGAAACUACAAGGAAAAUUCUUGAAUAAACACCCUUUACACAUUAUAGGAUUAAUUAUUCAAUUUAAGAAUAUAAAUUCAUAAACGUAAUCUUGAUUUUGAUCACCUUGUGUAUAAGGCUUGACAGUCUUUAAUGACAUAGUCAUCCAUAAUCUUUAUUUCUAAAACAUCUGAGCUUGAUUGAAUGUAGGCAGUUGAUAAAUAGAUAACAGAAUUCAGACUUCAGGGGUUAAGUAGAAUGUUAAUAUUUACUGAGGAUUUUGGUGUCACGGGUCUAGACAGUCAAGGUAAAAGAUUAGAGUUUGUGAUGUGUUUCCAAGAUAAUGCCUAAAUGAAUAGUUUUUACCUUCACAUAAUUCCAGCUGCUUCUGGGCAGAGAUUAGCUUGCAAAAACUGCAAGGCUUUCAGUGGAGUGCUAUGGGAUCACAGACUGUAGGAGUUAGAAGGGACCUGUGGAGAUAACUAGUCCAGCCCCCUGCAAAAGCAGGCCGCACAGGAAAGCGUGCAGGUGGGUUCUGAGUAUUUCCAGAGGAGACUCCACAACCUCUGCAAAUGGUUUGUUCCAGUGCUGUGCCACCCUCAAAGAAGUUUUCUCAUGUUUAUAUGGAAAUUCCUGUGUUCUAGUUUGUGGACGUUGCCUCUUGUCCUCUUGCUGGGCACCACUGAAAAGAGCUUGGCACCAUCCGUUGACUCCCACCCAUUAGUCUCAAGAUGGCAGAGUUAUUCAUGGAAUGCGAGGAAGAGGAGCUAGAACCAUGGCAAAAGAGAGUGAAAGAAGUGGAGGAGGAUGAUGAUGAUGAUGAACCGAUCUUCAUUGGAGAAAUCUCAAGCUCAAAGCCAGCCAGUACAUAUAUAUUGAACAGAGUCAACUUCAGCUCAUCACGAAGGCAGAUACAGAAUGGUGCACCCAGUAGAGGUACAGUUACUUCAUUCAAGUCUGACAGUCACCGUUAUGCAACACCUGCCUCCUGUCCCAGUGCCAUGCCUGUUUCAUCAGUGUUUCAGUCUGUAUCCAGAUCUACUGCUAGCUCUGUAGCAGUUCAGCCAUUGUCUAGACCAGUGAAUGUUUCAGGAGCUUCACAGACACUGCAGAGACCAGUUGCUGGAUGUUUAUCAGCACAGCAGGCAACCCGAUCAAGUUCUGGAAUAUCACAGCCUGUUAGCAGACCUGUAACCAUUCCAGUCACGACACAGCCGGUAUCAAGAAAUAUCGCAGUUCCUCUAGUGGCCCAACCUGUAUCCAGGCCAGUGACCUCUGUGACAACGCAGCCUAUCAUACUCAAUCAGGAUUAUAUUAUGGAUUCUCCACCAGAUGCACCAGAUAACACAUCUGGUAUACUGUUCGGUGUGAGACAGAGCUCGGGAGUUCCACAGUACCAGACUGAGCCAACAGUGAGUCUAACAGAUACAAGUACUGCAUCAAGCAACAUUAAGAAUGGAGGGCCAUUUCCACGAGCUUGUCCAAAGUGCAAUAUUCAUUUCAAUCUUAUGGAUCCUUUAAAAAAUCAUAUGAAGUAUUGUUGUCCAGAUCUGGUUAAUGACUUUUUUCUUGGUGUGGUCCAAACGGAAUGUUCCACUACAACAAGCAAGACUACUGAAUAUGAGAAAGGAAAGUUGAUUAUGUUAGUUAACGACUUCUAUUAUGGGAAACAUGAAGGUGAUACCCAACAGGUACAACAGGAGCAGAAGACUCAUACAACAUUUAAGUGCUUCAGCUGCCUGAAAGUUCUUAAAAAUAAUAUAAGGUUUAUGAACCACAUGAAACAUCAUUUAGAGCUUGAGAAGCAAAGUAGUGAAAGCUGGGAAAGCCACACCACCUGCCAACACUGUUACCGUCAGUUUCCCACCCCAUUCCAGCUGCAGUGCCACAUUGAAAGUACACACACACCUUACGAGUCUUCUACUAUUUGUAAAAUCUGUGAAUUAUCCUUUGAAACAGAACAGGUUCUUUUGCAACAUAUGAAGGACAAUCAUAAGCCAGGUGAAAUGCCAUAUGUUUGCCAGGUAUGCAACUACAGAUCCUCAGCUUUUUCAGAUGUAGAAACACAUUUCAGAACAGUUCAUGAAAAUACAAAACAUCUGCUGUGUCCAUUUUGCCUCAAAGUAAUUAAAAUUGGAGCACCGUAUAUGCAUCAUUACAUGAGGCAUCAGAAAAAAGGAAUAUACCGUUGCACUAAGUGUAGACUGCAGUUUUUGACUUGCAAAGAAAAAAUGGAUCACAAGACUCAGCAUCACCGAACAUUUAGAAAGCCUAAACAGUUGGAAGGAUUGCCUCCUGGAACAAAGGUUACUAUUCGAGCAUCUCUUGGAUCUCUUCAGUCAGGAUCUUCAGUUAGCACAAGCACAUCCACGUUUCAGUUAUCACCUAAAGCGAAGAAUACGACUGCUAGGAAUCAUAGCAGAUCUAAUUCAAAUAAAUCGAAAGCAAGAUCAAAACCAACAACUGCACUGAAGAAGCAAAAUGCAUGGGCCAACAGCAGCAGCAAAAAAAAAAAGGUUACAAAUACAGCAUUGCAUAAUCUAAGGUGUCGUUUGGGAGCUCACAAAUGCAUUGAAUGUUACUCAGAGAUUAAAGAUUUUGCAAGUCAUUUUCCUGCGUAUGUCCAUUGUAGCUUAUGCAGAUACAAUACUAGCUGUAGCAAAGCCUAUGUGAAUCACAUGAUGAGUUUUCACAGUGCUCGUCCAAGUAAAAGAUUUUGGAUAUACAAGAAGCAUUCAGAAGAGCUACGAGGUGUGACUGUAGUAUGUCUUAACUGUGAUUUUCUGACUGAUGGUUCUGGCUUAGAUAGGAUGGCCACACAUCUGAGCGAAAGCCAUGCUCAUGCUUGUCAAGUUAUUAUAGAGAAUGUUUCUGUAGAUUUACCAACUGCUGAACAAGUAUCUGACAAACAGGAGCUUGAUUCUUCAGAGGAAACAAAAGAAUGCAAUAGAAACCAAAAUGAAAUUGCAUCAGUUGAAAAGACUGAAGAAAAUUCAUCAUUGUCAGAUACAGAAAACGUUCCCAAUUUGGAACUCCAUGAUAACAGCACGAAGAAAUCUUUGCAUGAGAAAGGAACAUGUUGUGAUUCAGAUCAUAAUAAACAAUUGGUAGGCGAGAAACAAAAAUGUAUUCAUGGAGAAAGUGAGUUGAAAGCUUCCCAAAGAUCAGAUGAUGUUGUCUUGACUGAUCAGACUAAAGUGCAAAACUUGGAUAAAAUUACACUUUCAGCGAUGAAUGCAAAGGACUUAAAGCUAACUUUGGGUGAAGAUGUUAGUUUUGAGCAGUUCUUGAGAAAAAGAAAUGAACCCGAAUCAGUUAGUUCAGACAUGAGUGAACAAGGCAGUAUUCAUUUGGAGCCUUUGACUCCGUCAGAGGUACUAGAGCACGAAGCAACUGAAAUUCUUCAGAAAGGUAAUGUUGCACCUUCAUCAAAGCAAGCUGAACAACUCUCUGAACAAACAGACAAGACUUCUCAAGAAGGCAGUCCCAGCAGAAUGGAAACAACUGUAAACAAAACAGAUGAAAAUGAAGCAAGCUGAAAUUACAUUCAUUUCCUUGUGUGUUAUAUAUAAUGAUAGAAACACCAUGGACCAUUCCUGAUGAGUGUGCUCAUUGAUGCUAAUGGUUUGGGGGUUUUUUGAAAGGGAAAUUUGGCAUAUGGAGAUAAAAUAUGUAUGCACAACUGAAUCAAGUAAAUUUAGAAAAGGUAAUGUCUUUUUAAGUUUCUCUGCUAUUUCUUCUCUCGUAUGUAAUGUAACUCGUAUGAGUUGAAAGGAGGAAAAAAAUCUAUUUUUUGUAUCUGGAAUAGAUAACUUGCUAGCAAAGAGAAGAUUUUAAAAACUCUUUUAAUGAAGUGGAACUUAGUAUGAAUUUAGUUCUAAUGCUGAAAUGAAGCACACUUGUAGCAAUGGUUGUUGGUCUGCUGAUAGCUGGGUAAACACAAGCUUUGAAUUUGGUAUCACAUUCCUUUCUGUAAAAGCAUGUAAACAAUUUUAUGAAUCUAUGCACCUCUGUACAGGUGUAAUCCUGCCAGACUGUAGACUUGACUUAAACUUUCAGUGAAAGUGGAAAUACUACAAUAAAAUAUAUAUAUUUGUGGGGUUUUCAGUAUGCAGACUGUGCAGAAAUACCAGACGUAAUUGUAAAAAGUAGGACAUACUGCUAAAAGUACUGUAGCUUUUAGGCUUUUACCAUUGUUUUAAAUAUUCUUAGUGGUAGACCCAUAGGAAUGGUCUGUAAGGCAAACCAAAGUAUGGUUUAAUGUAAAAAUUGUUUUAAGCAAGAAGGAGAACCCCAAACUGGAAGUACCAGCUGGCAUGCAUUCUGCCAUUUAACAGCUGCUACUUGCUGACUCUUAGAAAAAAGGACACGAGAGCAUAUACUGUGGGAAUGUACAGUUCAAUUUCACAAGUUUUUGUAGUCUAAGUUAUAUUCAAAAAGAUAGCUGCUGGUUUUUUUUUUUUUUAUAGUUAGCAGUUAGGUGUAGAAAUGAAUAUGACAGUAGCUUGCUCUUACAACUUCCUUGCUCCAUUGGAAACAUUCAGAAUGUGCUUUUGACCUGGUUUUGUUUUUAAUGUGUUAAAUGUUUUGAACAGCUGUUAAAGCACUGCUGUAAAUUAUUCCUUUUUUGAGUAAAUAUUUGCAACAAAAUUUUGUCUUUGUGAAUAAUUUCACUGCUCAGCUUGAAACUUUGGGCAUAAUAUUCCCACCUUUUUAUAAAAGAUUAGGUAGCAGUUUGCAGGAACAGUUUCAUUUCAAAAUUUUCAUUUUAAAAUUGUGAAUUUGAUGCUUAAGUGAUUUUUUUUUUUUUUUUUUUCUUUUUUGUUUUUAAGAAUUAAAUGAGCAAGUGCCUAUGCAUAAGAAUAUUUUUCUAGCUGUGUGUUGUGGUUAGAUGUGCUGACUUUUCCAGAUUACAUGGAAAUAUUUUUCUGGACCAUCAGCAUGCAAUUGAAGUUUGCUUUGUCCUUCUAUGUUGUCUGGACUUGGCUUCUAAAUGAGUCUAAUCAGCAACAGCAUUAACCUGUAGAGACCAUUCUGAUUGUUGUUGAGGCCUCUAAAUAAACCACAUCUCAAAAUUGCUUAAGACUCUGAAGAGUCACAUGAAUUAAAUUUUAAAUUGCUCCUUAAUUUUCAUCCAUGCAGGUGAAAUCUAUGCCUUUUUAAAAGAAAAGUGGAAUGACUUAUGUAGUCACAGCUCUUCUGCUUUAAGAAUUCAAAAAAUAAAAAUAAAAACAGACAAAAAAAACUGAGAACAGUAAGUGGCAAUAUUCUUCUCUCCUUUAAAGUGAUACUGAAAUUGUUAAUUUGAGGUGUUAAUAACAAGUCUGUUGUCUUCAUGCAUGUAGACGUGACGGAAUAUAAAAUACAGCAUCCUAAGAAGGAUAGUUCAGAGGAGUAAACCAGCUAUGGAACCUCUUGUGUAUGUUACUGAAGCAGCUCAUGAGUGCAUAUAAACAAAGAGAAACCUAUGAUAUUUUUAACCUGACGUUGAUUUUACGUGCUAAUUAAAUAUUUUGAAAAAUUCAUACGUGGUGUUGGCGAAGAUUAACUUCAAGUGGAACCAGUUCUAUGAUACUUGCUUGUAACUUCCUCACAUUUGACUUUUAUGCAAUUAAAUUUUUAAAAUAUUUGCUAUUUCAAUGAUAUGAAUUUGGACGAAAACAUAGUUUGAAUGCCCCAUGCUUUUGAGAAUAUGUGGAAAAUGAAACUGAGACUGGAAAAACCUGAGUAUUUGACAAAAACAUGUGAAUUCUCAGACACUUAAUAUGUAGAGGGUUGUUCGUUUCAGUCUGUGUAGAGAAUGCAUAUACAUUACGAGAGUAAUGUUAGGUCUAAAACCAUCCAGAUGUUGAACAUCUGAAAUAGCACCCCUUCCAAAUGGAGCAAGAGAGUACUAGAUAGUUUUUGUAGCAAGACCAUCAGGCUGUUUAAACAGACCAUUAAAUUAUAUAAUGAAAGCAGUGGUAUGCUGUUUUUGUGAAGAACGAAAAAUGUAUUUGUUUUUCCUAUCUGAAGAAAUCUGUUAUCUUAACGCUGCAGGAAAUUGCAUAAUUAUGAAAAUGAAUCCCUUUCCUGUAUUCUGUUUGGUUCUUAGAGCAAAGCUGAAUAGAUGCUUUUGGCUUAAGUCAAAGAUAAUUUACACUGACUGCAUUUGAGUUAUUUGUGUGUAACUGCACAUAACUUUUUUGUUUCUGUGUCGUGAAAGGUUUUUCUUAUUUUGCAGCCAUCAUCAGUUCUUUCUCUGUGCCAUCUUUCUCUUUGAACUUAGGAGAACAUUUGAGCUCAAGUUUACAUUGCCUUGCAAAAAAAAAUUAAAUUCAAUUUAAUUCUCGGUGUC